GUUAUCCUAUGAGAUCAUGUAUCUUAACUAUUAUCAUGCUACAAACUAAGAAAAACAAAAGAGUGUUAUAAACAUUUGCAAAUCCAUGGCAUUCUGUAUAAGGAAAAUUACAUUAUUAUGAAAAAUAUGUGGUUCUAAAAUAUGAGUGUGUUAAUAAUUCGGUUAUGGUUUCCCAACUUCAAAUUUUAUUGUUAGUUUGCUUGUUGAGCAAUGACUUCUCUAUGGAGAUUGGCAAUAUUUGCUUUACACUGGAUUUUGACCUGCUUAAAUGAGUGUGUGGUUUGGCCACCUAAGUAUUUCAAAGCAGAUACAUUUUUGCAUCAAUAUUUCUCUUGCCUUGUUUUUAGUUUGUAGUUUUGUACAUCUAAACUUGUGUCCUCUCAACAAUUGGAUGCUUUUUUUUUUGUCCAGGUGUCUAACACUAAUUUGGUGCUUAAAGUUCAGUUUGUUUUUUUGUAGUAGGCUGAAAAUAAUGUUUUAAUAAUAAAUAAAAAUGAACCGUUGGAUGGUCUAUCCAUAAUCAUGACCAUCAUUUUUUUUUGGUACGAUCAGAUCAUGCAAAACAUUCUUCAGCUUUGGCUUCUUUAAUCAUAACAUGUGGUGUUUGGUCAAAGUUUGACUGUUCAGACAACAUAGUCAUAGACAAGAAAAAACAGAGUGAAUAAGAAAAGAGCAGUUUUCUUGUAAUAACUUGUAAGUGAUAAUAAUAAUAACAAUAAUAAUCAAGGCCAAGAAAGUGUGGGGUGAAAACUGAAAAGAAACUCAUAGCUUGAACCACUCAAGAGUUCAGGGAGAAAGGCAUAUAAGUAGUAGUGAUGCACAAAAACAAAUUACAAGAGUAUCUUCAGAAAUCUCGUUUUCCAUUACCCGUCUAUCGAACAGACAACGAAGGAUUUGCGCAUGCACCGAAGUUCAGGUCGACAGUAGUGGUGAAUGGAAGGGAGUUCAAGUCGAGGCUCACAUAUUCACAUCGAAAAGAAGCAGAGCAGGAUGCUGCAGAACUUGCACUUAAGAUAAUUAUCCAUGACACAAACAAUAUUGAAGAAUGUACUGUUCUUCCUGAUCUAAUAUACUGCAAAUCAAUCCUGAAUGAAUAUGCUGUCCAAAAGAACAUAGGAAGUCUCCAAUAUACAACUAGUCAAAAAAGCGAAUUGGAUCCGGUCUUCAUCUCUACGUUGGUGUUUAAUGGUAGAAUUUACACCGGUCAAGUCGGAAAAAGCAAAAAAGAGGCAGAACAGCUCGCAGCAUUUGUAACUAUCCAAUCACUUCUAGAUUCCAGUUCAUGUCGAAAUCUUCAUCAAAUAAUCAAGUCCAAGCUCAACAUGCCCACAAAACUACAUCAUGCCAAGCAAUCUGUCCCGAGAACUAGCAAUAAGUUCCUUGAAGGUUCUUCAAAGCAAAUGACUGAUACCCCAGGUCCAAUUAAGCGAAAGCUUGACAGCAUUAACUUAGAAAGCAAGAAACAAACUAGGGAACCUGGUUUUCAAGUUAUGAAUGUACCUUUUGAGAAAACUCGUGGUAAAAGACAAUGAUGCAUCUCACAAAAGGCAAGAAAAAUGGAUGAAUGCUAUUGGCACAGAUACUUCAAAUAUAUAAAUAUGCUACGUAGGCUAAUUAUCUACUGCACUAGUAUUUGAAAGCUGACUAGACAAAUUAAUAUGCUUGUUUAACUUUCUAUUUAACUUCUCUAUAUGAAUUUGGUGUUUGGUUCUUGUGAUAAAUUAUUUUGUAGCAGUACUUAGUACUAACAUUAU